AUUUCGCGAUCGUUCGUUUUGCUCACCUUGCAGGCUACACCCAUUGCUUCGCCCACGCUGCGCGCCCGCACCGCGCCCUGCAGACGACGCUUGAUUGCUCCCAAUACUUUCGCACUUGGUCGUUUCGCGACAUAUUCGCUGAUCCUGCUGACGCAAGCGGCGCGUCCUCACCAUCAUGGCGACCGAGGCUGAGGGCGGCGCCUCGAGCGCAACCCCUGGCCCAGCACAACUUUCGUCCACGUCGACGCCAAAGGGCAAAGGCGACACGAGCGAUGCUCAGCAAUCGACCCUUCCCGUGCGCGACAAAGAAUCCUUCAACCAGGUCCUGAUAGAACGUUAUAUGCAGCGCGACCAAGUACAUUCGGCUGCUAUGAUCAGCAACAUGAACGGGAAUGAGCACAACAAACAUCAGUACAAGAUGAUAUCAGACUACAAGAUGAUACGGAACGAUUACCGGCAAUUCUUCCCGCCAGCGAAAUUGUAUGGCGAGGGAUACAGCGGCUGGGGAAAUGGGCGCACAGAGACCGGCGGCCCGGCGAGACUGCUAUAUCCGCAACAAAAGCCACGACCAGGGAAGCGUCAGACGCCACCACUCAAGUGGAAGCGGAAAGACAUGAAGCAGCAAGCAGAGCAGCACGAAGAGCUGGUACCCGUCCGGCUCGAUGUCGAUUGGGAUAAAAUAAAACUGCGGGACACCUUCACAUGGAACUUGCACGAAAGGAUAGUACCUGCCGAGCUCUUCGCGAUGCAGCUUGUGGAGGACCUCGGGCUCAAACAGCCGGCAUCACAGCCGGUAUAUGAGCAAAUAGUCCAGCAGAUGCACGACCAAUUCAACGACUUCUACCCUUUCGUGUACUCGGACGAAGAUGCUCUCGACCCAGAGCUGCCUUACUCGGCCUGGAAGAACGACGAGAUGCGCAUCCUGAUCAAGCUCGACAUUACCAUCGGCGCACACACCCUGGUAGAUCAGUUUGAGUGGGACAUCAACAACCCUCUUAACUCGCCUGAGGACUUCGCCACGAGCAUGACCAAGGAGCUUGCGCUAUCCGGAGAAUUCACCACAGCCAUUGCGCACUGCAUUCGGGAGCAGACACAAUUGUUCACCCGAAGUUUAUACAGCGUAGGCCACCCUUUCGAUGGCAGGCCGAUCGAAGAUGCGGAUCUGGUUGCUGCUUUCCUCCCUUCGCCACUUCCCUCGGUUUUCAGACCACAGCAGCAGGCGAAAGACUAUGCGCCAUAUUUGUACGAGCUCAACGAGGUAGACCUAGAGAAGAACGAGACGAUCCUGUCCAGGGAGCAAAGGCGACAGAAGCGUUCGAUCAAUCGACGAGGAGGACCUUCGCUACCAGAUCUCAAGGAUAGGCAACGGACCAUCCGCACGCUCGUUGUGUCUGCCACUUUACCUGGAGCAGCAACACAUGUCGACGAAAGCAGGCUAUACAAGCGGGUGGCUGGUGCUGGUACGGGACGGAAGCGCGGCAACGCCCGGGACGGCGACCUAUCGGAAUCCGAUUCGAGCGAUGAUUCGUCGCCUGACUCACCUGCUCCUUCACAGUUCACGGGUACAGCAAGAACGAGAGGCAUGCGUGGCGCAGCGUCCGCAGCUCAACAGCGCAUGACGACCAUUGGCCGUUCUGAGACGCCAGAGGCCACAAUACAUCACCACGAAACCAGAAUAGCUAGAAAGUCGGGACGUGAUUUGUUCCGCGAAGACACAGAAGAACCCCAGCAUAUGUGGGUGACACUGAGGAUCACGAACAAGGAGAGGCUCCGCAAGAUCCUCACAAGCUCGCGUUUCAAGAGAAAUACGCCCGCAGGCUCGCAGACCCCAUCUGCGUCGCAUGCACGAGCUCCAAGCGCUGCAGUGUCUAGCAGUAUGCCACCUCCAUCCACGCCAAACGCAGCGACCACACCGGGUCUUGCACGAACACCAUCCGCCGUGCCGGCCGCACAGAUUGGCCGUGUAGAGGCACCACUUCCGACUGCAGAGGUACCCCAGCCGACACCGGUAAGCACCCCUCCGGACCUAAGCAGCAGCCUGCGCUCGCCAGUCAAGCAGUAAAUCUACACAUUCACUAACGCCUUCACCACAGCCCCCUCCGCCAGCUUGGCUGC